CUUUUCUUCCCGUUUCCCUUCCCUCAGUCCAUCUCUCUCUCUCUCUCUCUCUCUCUCUCGCUCUCGCUGCAUCUUUUCACUUGCAACUGCAAACAUGGAGAGUCAAGAGCAAAGAAAGGAUCACUCUUCCUCAGGGCACGAGGGCCAUGGCGUGCAUUUGUGCCACAAAUGCGGAUGGCCGUUUCCGAACCCUCACCCGAGUGCUAGGCACAGGCGCGCUCACAGGCGGGUCUGUGGAAAGCUUGAAGGGUAUAAGGUGGUUGGUUCUGAUGAGAACCCCCAUUUGAAUGUUUCGGAUGACGAGCGUUCUGACGACGACCACAAAACCCCAAGCCCAAAAGUUGAAGAGGGAAGUCAAGUCGAACUGGGUAAAGGUGCAACUGCUGAAAGAUCGAUUUCCGUGGAGGAGGAAGUGUUUUCAGAUGCAGUUAUGAACUUUCCAGAUGGUGGAUUGAGUACACAGAGUGAAGGUCUUUUGCAUGAUGAUGAGUCAGUUUGCAUUUCCAGAAAGAUAUCUGACAAUAAUGCUACUGUGGAAGUUUCGGGUGAAAGUGCAACUACAGAAGUUAUUCCACAAGAUCCCCAUUUGGCGGGCAGCAGCACCGAGGAAAAAGUUGCAGCUUCUGGGGUUACGAAUGAGAAGUUAAGCAGUGAAAAUAACAUUCAAGAUCUGUUUACUAGUCCUGCCAUAUCUGAGCAGGAUCAACCUGCUGAGAAAUUCUCUGAUUUGCUGAAUGAUAAACGAAAUGGAUCUGUACCUGAUUCCUCACUUCUACAAUUUGAAGCUCCCAUGGAGUCAUCGGCCGAAGUUAAAACAAUGACUGAUGGGGAGGCAGUAAAAGCAUUUUCCGAAGACAAUAUUUCACAGGAGACUGAUGUUAAGUUCGAUAAGGGAAUAAUAGGCUCUCAAGUACCAUGUAAAGAUGAGAAAGAAAUAUCUUGUGUAAUGCCAAGUGAUGGAGGCUUUCAUUUGGGGAAGUCCGGUGACAUUUUGUUCUCUGAGGUAUCUCCAAGUGGUCUUGCCCCAGACUUGUCUUCUGAGCAACUGGAUGUUUCUGCUGAUAUGCCCCAGGAAACACCGGACAAAGCACAAGAACUAGAGCUAAGUAUUCCUGUAGAUCCCGUCGACAGUCAUACUAAAACUUUGGGAGAGACUGGAAACUUCCAUGUGCUGACUAUACCUAAAGAUAUACCUAUAAUAGAACAUGCCGAGAAGUUCAUUGAAGACUUUAAGGAUCGUAAAGGAAUCAAAGUUAUGCAAACUGAUGACUUAGGUUCAGUUCCAACAAUUGGCCAGAAGGAAGAUGACGCAGUUCCUGUUUCUGAGGAUUUUUCCAGUCCAAACUUAAAAGUACAGGAGGAAGUUGCAGAGGUUUCUUCAGACAUAUAUAUUUCAGAGACCGGUUCAGCACGGGAACUUGAGAUUCUUAAGCCUGUGGAUGAAGAUGCACCUCUUCAGAGCGAUGUGAUUUUAUAUCAAGACAGCGUCAACACUCGUGAAAGUCAAGGGCUCAACGAAGUAGAGACAGCUAAAGAAGCAUUAGCAACUGCAGUGGAGGAAAGCGAUGUGGCUUUGAAAACCGAAAAGAUGGAACCAAAGGACGUAGUUAAUAGCUCAUCGGAAAUUGAAGUUGCUGCAGAUGAUGUGAAAUCAUCAUCUGACCUGCAUGCGGUGAUUGCUCUGGUGGAUACUGAAGUUUGUGAAACGAGUGGCAUGUCAGGUGAAAUCAAUAGUACUAACAAUGUUAUUGCUAUAAUUGAGACACCACGUACUGUUGGAGAUGCCGAGAUAAAACGAAAUAUGGAUGAGAGCUUUGUAGAGAGCCAAAUAAUUCCUGAAUCAACUGGGAAACAGAGUAUUGUCCAAGAUGACAUGAUUAACAGUGAAGCUGAUGUUUGUCGUGAUCAGAGGAACCAUGUGAAGGAAAACCUUGAUGUUGUGGGGACGGAUGUUGCGGAAGGACAUGUUCUGGGAAAUAGCAUAACGAAAGAAAAUGCAGCUGAAUCCACUUCCACAGGUAGCCUUCAGGGAUGCGAGGAUACAGCAGAAAAUAACAUUCAUCGGCGGGAAACUAAGUCAGAAAUCGUGAACAGAACAUCAAAUACCCGAGAAGGUGCGAAGGAAGGCGAAAAAAGUGGCGAGGGUGAAAUACAAGGAGCAUGUGAUACUGAAGUGAGCACAUCAGUGCAUGAAUUAUCUCAUGACGGGGAUACCAGAAUCAAGGAACUUACAUCUGAAAAGCAUUACAGGAAAGAUAAUCUGCUUUCUACUGCCAUAGCAAAUACAGUCACCAGCGAUAUCACUGUUCCUGGACAUAGUUCUCCUUUGCAAGAUGAAAGCGACAAGAAAUUUGUUGAACAGCAGGCUGCUGGAUCUGUACAUGACGCAUCGGUAGAUUCAAGUAGUCGAGCGGAUAGCUUAGAAGGCAACUGGGGAUCUGUUUCAGUGCUUUCCACUCAGUCAGAUCCACCAGUUGCCGUGGAGCCUGAUGUUUUUCCACCAAAAGAGCCCCAAUCAAUGACAGAUGCUGCAAAAUCAAACCUGAAGCUGAAAAAAAUUGAGUCAGGUGGAAAAAAUUCGGAGAAAACAGAUGUCUUUGAGCCACCAUCCUUCAUGACACUGGUCGAACCCACCAAUAAUCAGAAUCCUGCAAUUUCCGUGCAAAACAAUGACCAAUCAAAAUCUGCCUCUGAGCAAGCUGGUUGGUUCCCGUCCCUCCCACGUACAGCGAAUGAUUCUCAAGGAAGGAAGAAGAACGAAGAGAUCAUCGCCAAAGUCACUAACUGGAGUGCCGGGAAACAACACUCCCCUCUGAAGAGCCUCUUGGUGGAAGCUAACCGAGAGAGCAAGCUGAAGUCAGCGAGCCCGAAAGAGAGUUCAGCUCCCAUAGUUGCGAAAGAUGACCACGCAGCGAAAGAUAAUGAUAAGAAUAUCGCGUCGGUGACGACAGUGAGCUCGAUUUUAGGUUCUUCUAAAGCUGCCAAUUCGGGGGCUGCCGUGAAAGAAACGGACCAAGAAUGGAACUCUCCUGCGAGAUAUCCGACUGACAUCAAGAGAGAAAAGAGGAAGGUCAAGGGAAGGCCGUACUGGGCGCAGUUUGUUUGCUGCUCUUCCGUGAAUUAGACAUCUCGACAGGUUAGCUCAUCGAGUAAGGAUCUUCACGAGGCAUUGCUUCUUGUGUUAUCAUCCUAGGAAAGUGUAGUGCUAUAUUAAACUUCAUCGAAUUUGCACGCUACUGUUGAGUAUAGCUUGUUUCUGGGUCACUGUAUAUUGCAUUCUGGUCAAUCUUGAUGGAUAAAUGUGUUCUUAGUA